GGGGCAAAGGGGUGGGCCAUCAUUUUCUGGCACUACAGCCUCUACCAUACCGCACCGUACCUCGUAGCACUUGUAACUACCGACACGAGUACGUUCUCCCACAUUGAGCGUCUUGAUCGAUUCCUGCGACAAUACGAACAAACACACCACGCGAACGCGCCCCACACGGCCCACUUGGAUUUCACGACCAGCCACAUCUUGCGCGAUAGACCAUACGGCACUACUCUAAGCAUCUCACCAUCAAGCAAGCGCCUCACGAGCUUCGAUAACCGUCCUGCACGUGUACUAGGCUGAUACUGUUACCGUGCAUGAUCGGCCGCGUGCGAACAAAAGGCAGCGUUGUGGGCCGAGGGGCCCUUGGACCGCAUGUGGAGGACGGACAAGAUGGCACGGCCGAACCCUGUGCGAGCAGAUACGAUCGAUCUUCAAGAUCAAGACCAUCCUUCGGCGGCGCGACACCAGAAACAGCCGUUACAGAACGGACUCGCACCGCAUCAAGCAUCACAACUACACCAUGUAGUAGAAGAGAGGCAAACCGAGGAACAGUCGCUAGCGGACGCAUGGAACCACACUGAAAACUUGACCGAAGAGCCGAGCGCGAUCGAUGAGGCGCAAGCUAACGCUGAUGCCGCCAAUGGAGUUCACCAAGACGGCGAGGAAGGAGGCGAGGGCACCGACGGUGAGAGUGAAGGGGAUGAUGACAUGAUGGAUCGAAUAUCGAGCUCUCCGAGCAUUGACGAUGAAGACAUCGACUUUGAAUUCGUUUACGCAUUACAUACUUUCGUUGCGACGGUAGAAGGCCAAGCAAACGCUACCAAGGGCGACACCAUGGUGCUGCUCGACGAUAGUAACAGCUAUUGGUGGCUUGUCAGGGUGGUCAAAGACAGCAGUAUAGGAUACUUACCAGCAGAGCACAUCGAGACGCCGACCGAACGACUUGCACGAUUGAACAAACACCGCAACAUAGACCUUUCUGCUACUAUGCUUAGUGAUAAUUCCGAGAAGACACGAAACCCUGUAAUGAAGGCCAUACGGAGACGGAACGCCAAGACUGUGCAGUUCGCAGCGCCAACAUACGUCGAGGCCUCCGAUUACGAUUACUCCACAGAAGACGAAGAGCAUGCCAUGAACGAACCUUACGGUGCUGGCGCCCAGGUAGAAGAGCCUCAGCAAAACGGCCACGUUGAAGACCAUGAAACCAUUGCCACGAAAGCGGAUGAGGAGGAGGAGCAUUCGAGCAUGCAGUCGAAGCGUGCAUCUUUCGAUCGUGAACAAGCGGCUACAGCAGCACUGGCGAUUGAGGAACCACAACUCAGUCCGAAACUUGUCGACAAAACCGAGGCGGCACCGCUCAAGUCACGGAAGGGCACACCACGAAACACAGACUCUUUCCUCAAAGACGAUACGAUCGAGACCCGGAAAAUCACGCUCACGCCUGGCUUACUUCGGGAAGACAACGCAUCGACAAAGUCGGUUUCGUCGGAGAGCGCACGUAGUGGGAGCACGGAAAAUCUAGUCAAGGUCACUUCACCGACAGAGCUAGCCAAGAAAGAGAGCAAGGGCGCAAAGAAAGAGAAGCCAAAGGGCGGCAUGCUGAGUGGUCUAUUCAAGAGCAAGAAGAAGGACAAGAAGAGCAAAGAGGACUUUGGGACUGAAAGCGAUAUGGAGAAGCCUUCUGUUGAGAUGAACCGGUCGGAAUCACCCAAAGCCAGCCCUUUGACAAGCGGCGGGACAUCGCCGAUCGAGAGGUCUCCGAGCGCGAAUAGCGUUGAAGCGCAGAGACAACCUGCGAGCAGAGCGAAGUUGCAGAAGCAGCCGCCUCCUGGUAACACCGCCGCGCCUGUGCGUGCGGCUACUGACAAGCCCCAGGGGGCUAUUGUGGCGGAAUUGGAAGGCAGCGAAGUCGCGCACGAGAUGGCCGCGGCAGAGCAGCAGCUCGCACCACGUCAAGCAACACCGCAACUGGAGGAAGAAAACGCGUCGCGAAGUUAUGAAGAGAACGCGGAGCCUACACCUGCCGCCAAGCCGAAGAAGGAGAAGGUCAAGCGGGCCAAGCAGCGCGUUGAACUCGAUGACUUUGACUCACCGGUGGAUGAAGACGGGCCGAACCCGUUCAAGGAGCAGGAGGAGAGGCAGCAGCACCAGCACCAGCACCAGCACCAGCAGCAGCAGCGUGUCUCGUCGGAGAAGGAAGUGCAAGACAGCGCGCCACUGCUCCAGCCUACCGACGCCAUGCCAGGGACGUUCAUGCAUGGGACGGAGAUUGUGCAUGUGCCUACGCCUGGGGACCUGAUCGCCGCUUACGAUGGUGGGUUGGAGGAGAGCUUGUCGAGCAGUCCGGUUAUUGUUGAGCACCCGUCGCCUACUGAACUCGAGAGUGGUCCGGUUCACCGGGCCAAAACGCCACAGGCGCAAGACACGGAGGAGGAGGAGGAGGAGAGGGAGGAUGAUGAGUCCACGCCGACUGCACCUCGUUCCCCGGAGACAGAUGUCACUAGAAACCCAGUGGCCACAGCAACUGCCCCUAUAAGCACCCAGACCCCAACAAGAGAGCUCUCGGCAGCAAGCACCGACUCUUCACGACUAUCUCCGAACACGCCGUCAACGCCGAGCAUAAAGGAGCAAGUAUGGUCAGACGUCGGUCUGCGCUCGUGGCUCGACGAUGGCUCGGAGGUGCGCGAUAUGCUCGUCAUGAUACAUGAUAAGAACGGCGUGACGCCCAUCAGCGUGGAUCAUCCGCUCAUGGCUGGCUUGUUUGUUAAUGAGCGCAAGGGGCUGGACAAGAUGAUGGGUGAUUUGGAUGGGUUGUUGGGCAGCUAUCUGCAACGGAAGGGUAUCACGUUUGCGUAGUGCCAGUAUUGCGGUAUGAGGGCACUUCGGGUUUGGUGCACGCCUUGGCAUGAGAUGAUGGGAUGAGCAUACCCCUGGACGUAUGUAUAGAGCAUGACUUGGGCGGACAGCGGUCAAUUACAUUCUGUACAUAACACCUUGCUGUAGGCUUCGACGCGUGCGCGACGUGAUACGUUUGACAUUUUGCGUCGCCCCCCAACGCUGCU